AAUCAUAUUGUGGAUGGAUGGUUCGUCAAGUUGGACGGAUGGACGUCGUACAACGAUUUGAAUUCUAGUUGGGACUCGGGAGUUGUCCUCGCCGGAAAUCUGAAACAUCGUCCGGGGGUAACUCGAUUGGGUCCUUUCCGAAUCGUGCCUGGAAGAACGUUCGAGAUCGGCUCUUCUGCCUUCGGCCCUCCGCAACCCCGUAUCGAAGUCCCUUCCCCGUUUCUUUCGAUCAGUCUCUUCCUCAAGAUUUAGUCGUCUCAAGUGACGGUUAAGCUUGCCAAUUUUCUUCGCAAUAUUGUGAACUUUGUAUAGGAUGCAAUCGGGCUGUAGGAUUCGACAAUGACCGGAAAGCUAGCUCCAGACAAGCGACACAAGUUUGUACACAACCAGCAAACUGUGUACGAAUGGGAUCAGACACUGGAUGAAGUAAAUAUUUAUAUACCUCUGCCACCGAAUGUGCCAUCACGAAUGCUCUACUGCACAAUCAAACCACAGCAUUUGGAGCUUGGAAUCAAGGGCAACCCACCGUACCUCAAUCACGACUUAGCUGGGCCCGUGAAGCUGGAUGGAUCAUUUUGGACGAUAGAGGAUGACAUUAUGCACAUCACUUUGCAUAAACGAGAGAAGGGACAACCAUGGCCGUCAGCGAUAAGUGGGCAUGGAGAGCUCGAUCCUCUUGCAGUCGACCAGGAGUCACGAAGACUGAUGCUUGAGCGCUUCCAAGAAGAGCAUCCAGGGUUCGAUUUCUCGCGAGCGGAAUUCACAGGAACUUGCCCCAAUCCGAAGACAUUUUUGGGCGGUAUACCACACUGAAUCCUCUUGUGGGUAAAGUGCUAAUGGAAGGAUAUCAGCAGGAGCCUGAUACUUGUAGGAAAUGGAAGGAGAUUUGCAUGAUUUGGCUGCUAUAAAUUCCAUCUUUUGUAGAUAUAUCUCGGAUCGUGUGGUGCUGAUCGACCAAGACCUCGAAGGUCUUAGAGUCGGGUGGACUUAAGUUAGGAGUGAAGGCCGGUGAAAUGGCCACACUUCCUCCUUGGUCAUACUUUCAAGCAUCAGAGUUGGAGUUCGGCCUUAGAAUGUACACUUUUAAAAACUAAAUCGCGUUAUGAUGUACCAUGAUCUGAGACUGGAUUGAAAUUUGUUCAUGUUCAUGUUCUUCUUGGAGCAUUAGUAUGGUAGGUGUUUGUGUCACAGAUAAGAGUAUCCCUUAAUCGUG